AUGUCCUCAUCCGACCCCGAGGCCUCGGCGGGUCCUCUCCAACCGCUGGCUGUACACUAUGCCAAGGCGAAGCGACAAUACCAGCAAUGGCUGGAUAAGGUCACCCCGUUCGUGCUAUACAGGUGGCUGGGGACUGCGGGACUGCUCGCCCUGUUCAUACUGAGGAUAGUCUAUGCGCAAGGAUGGUAUAUUGUAUGCUACGCCCACGCAAUCUACCUCCUCAACCUCUUCCUCGCCUUCCUUCAGCCCCGCUUCGACCCAUCGCUUCAGGAAGACCUUCUAGCGGACGAGAUUGAAGAGGGUGGCGAGUCCGCGGCUUCGCCUCUCCCCUCUUCGCGCGAUGACGAGUUCCGCCCGUUUGUCCGCCGUCUCCCCGAAUGGCAGUUUUGGCUAUCUGCGACACGCGCAACCGUGGUCGCCAUCUUCGCGACCUUCUUCGAAAUGUUCGACGUGCCCGUAUACUGGCCUAUCCUCGUCGUCUACUUCUUCGUCCUCUUCCUUCUCACCAUGCGCCGUCAAAUACAGCACAUGAUCAAGUACAAGUACGUCCCCUUCGACAUGGGCCGCAAGGUCCGCUACGGUGGUCAGAGGUGA